AUGGCGGGAAGCCAUCCUAUGCCGGCCGACGAGGAAGAAUUUCACGACGCCAUCCACGCAAACGCCAUGCUCAACGCGGCGGAGGAUUUCAAGCCGUCCGAUUACAGCAACAUCAUCCGGCGGUACUCGCACCUCGGCGCCACGCACCCGAGUAACCCGCUCACCGUCGCGAAAGCCGGCGAGGACGAAAAAUCCGCCGGGGGGAAGACGCGCCGAUCGCAAUCCACGGGCGGAGGGGUGAAGAAGGGCAAGGGGUCGUCUGUGGCAUCGACGCUCGGGCGCGCAGCGGCGCGCGUCGGGAGGACGCUGGGCGCAAAGGGCGGGUCGCUGGCCAAGUCAAAGUCCUCCGUGGCGCCCCUUCAGUCCGAUGAUGAGUUCUCCAAGCAAUCCGAGCAGCCGUCGAUGCCCAUCGUGCUGCAGCCCUUCAUGGGAUCGUACGGUUCAGAGCUUGUCUGUCCAUCCAACGGCGCGUUCGUGCAGACGAAGGCGCUGCAGGAGGAGAAUCGACGGCUGCGGGAGAGGAUCGCGAUGCUGGAAGCCGUUCACGCAGAGGAGGCGGACGACAGCGACGACUUGGCGCGCCAUCGCGUGCGAAUGCUCAAGUCGUCAAACCUGCAGCUAGAGCACCAGCUACUAGCCUCCGAGUCCGCGUCGCUCACCGCCAAGGCGAUCCGCAACGAGCUGCUGAGCGCAAUGGACCAUCUUCACCGCACCGUCGGCGCGCUGCACGUGCGCGCGGGGGAGGACGAGGCGGAAGGCGAGCAGGCGGAAGCGGAAGCCGCGGAGGGCGCGGGCGGGACGGAGAUGGGGAACUCGCACGCGGGGACUCUGGACCAGACACUGCUGCCAGCUGCUGCUAUUUUAUUGGACGACGCGCAGCACGCCGCGGCGCAGGAGAAGGAGAGCGCAAGCGCAGCCGCGGUGGCGGUGGCGAAGGGGGUGAGCAAGGUCGGCGCGGCACAGCAGCCGCUGACGCGGCGGAACUCGUUCGGGGGACGCGGCUCCGCCGCCCUCGCCUCCGCCGCCCGCCCCAGCACUCCCACCAGCCGCGGCACCUCGUCGUUCGCUAGCGGCUCGCCACGUGCCACGACCCCGCGCGCAACGUCCUCCGCCGGAAAGGGGAGCGCGUCGCCCACGGUGGGCGCACGGCGCGGUGGUGCGACGGUGGGCGCGGCGGGCAGCGCUGGGAAGGGAAAGACUGGUGGCGGAAGCUUCAAUGCGCGCGGGUGGGGAGUCGGCCCGGGGAAGCGGAACGGCGCGAACAAUAAAACUGCGGAAAAAAAGACCGCCGCAUCUGGCGCCGCGAAUGACGGAGACGGCGGCAUGGAUUUGACCUCUGCGGGAAGCCGCAGCGCGAGCAUGAAAGACGGGCCGCUGGUGCUAGACCCCUCUAUAGUAACAUCUUCUGCUGUCUCCACACCUAUGGGCACGCCGCGCGCGGGGAGCACUCCCGCGGGGAGCCCGUUCGCCGCGUCGGCCGCGGCAGCCACUCCCGCGCCGACACUUGGCAGCCUGCUGGCGGCGUCGGGACAGGUGGCGAUCGCAAAGGAAAAGCUCGAGGAGCUCGCGAUGUGGAGCAAAGAAGCGCGCGAAAAGGUUCUGAUGCUGCUGCCCGCGCCGGGCGGAAAGAUCGGCGAACUGCCCGCGGAGGAAGGCGCGGGCAAGGCGGAGGACGCGGAAGCAGGGGGAGGAGCCGGCGGAGCGGAGAAGACAAGCAUGAAGGCGAUGGACGCGCCGGAGCUGCCGUGCGCGGGGAAUCGCUUUAUGGCGACCAAUGAGGACGGCGACCCCGUCGCGGGAAUCGCGGCGAACCUCUGCCGCUCCAUCGAGGUUCCACCGUUUGUCAACGCUUUCCCCUCGCUUCCUCCCCCAGGGUCCGCGCCGCUCCUGGAGUACGCGCGCGUGCACGAGUUGGAGGGGCGGCUGGCGGACCUGCACCCGCGCCUGCUCGCGCUCUCGUCGCUCCUCGAUAAUGUCGUCUUCCCCAGCCUGCCCGCCGAGACGUCCAGCGCAGUGCUGCAGGAGAUCCGUGUCGCCAUCGUUGACGUGUACGACACGACGCGCGCGCUCUCCGAGUUGGCGGCGCUCGUGCCAGCUGGUGCGCAGCUAUUCGGCGUGGGGACCGGGGAGAGCCUGAUGCUGGCAGCAGCAGCAGCCAGGGCGGAGGAGGGAGGAGGAGGAGGAGGGGGAGAGGGAGAGAUGAUGGAGGUGCAGCAGAGGCUGGAGUGGGAGAGGGAGAGGAGGAGGAGGGAGGGAGUGAGUGUGGCAGACCUCCCUUCUGUGGAACAGCUGCUGACAGCAGGCCUUGCUGGGAUCGUGGGAGAGGGGGGAGGGAUGGGGGGAGGAGGGGAGGGGGAGGUGCAGGCGCGGGUGGCGGAGGUGGUGGGGAGGUGCCGCAAGGUGGAGGCGCUGUGGCGGGCGGAGAUGUCGGGGCUGCAGGAGGAGAUGGGGUUCUACCGCGGCUGCCAUGCUGCCCAGGCAUCGCAUGUGAAGCAGAUAGCGUCGGCAGCCAAGGACGCGCUGCAGACUGUGCUGGGAGACGCGCAUGAGAUAGUCUCUGCCGCCGCCACCUCCAUCCAAAAGCGGCGGUUGCAGAUUCUGCUGGCAGUGACCGACUUUGAGAGCGAGCCCACACCCGAAAUGAUGCAGCAGCUCGCAGUCAAGGUCAAGGAGGAGGCAGGCACGCUGAGGCGCUUUGCGGAGCUGCUGCCGCAGGCCUUCUCAGCCGAGGCCAAGGUGGCCGAGGUGCUUGACCCCCUGGAGCGCGAGUUCAAGGAGCGGAUGCAGGCUCGGCGAGCAGCGCUGGCCCGGCAGCGCAAUGAGCUCCACGGGCAGAUCAGCGGGCGGUUUGCCAACCAGUCUGGGCAGCAGGGCAAGGGCAAGCUGAUGCGGGUCAUUUCCCUUCAGCAGUGA